AUGUCGCGAAGACCGGCAAAAGGAGACUAUAUUGAGACCGACACGGGCAACAAAGUCGCCCGCAAGGCGACGCUCGUCGGCACCCAAAACAUCAUGCUAGGCGGUAAGACCGUCAUCCAGCCCGAAGUCAUGAUCCGCGGCGACCUUGCACGAUCGAUACAACCCUCCGGCGGAGCUCCUGCGAACAAUACCGCGGUCGCGAUCGGUCGAUACUGCUUUCUCUCGAGAGGGGCUGUUCUCCGCCCGCCGGGGAGAAUGUACAAGGGUGCCUUCACCUACAUGCCCCUCCGGAUAGGCGACCACGUCUUCGUCGGCCAACACACAGUCAUACAAGCUGCUUCGAUCGGAACCCACGUGCACAUCGGUCGCGACUGCGUUAUCGGCGAGUUCGCCAUCGUCAAGGACUACGUUCGAAUACUCGAGGGCACCGUCGUGCCGCCUAAUAUGGUCAUACCCAGCUUCAGCGUCGUGGCGGGGCAGCCUGCUCGCGUGGUGGGGGAAGUGCCAGAAGGCGGGCACGAGGAGUUUGAGCUGCGUGAACUCUACAAGACGGUUGGUAAUAACCCUCAGCCAUUGCCGAUGUGA